AUGUAAUUUUGGAUUCAGAAUUCAAAUAUAUUACCUCAUCACAAGUAGCCUCUAAUUUAAGUUUUCAUAGGUCUUAUGCAACUUCAAUACAUAAAGUUCCCUGUGCUGGUUCUAUAAAUCUAUUAUUUUACGAUACAUGUUUAGCUAUACACCUAACUAAACUAUUUAUGCCUUAGGCUUCAAGUAUUUAAGUAAGGUCGUAUAUUCUCAUGUCUAGAACAAGUAAGUGCUGCACAUUUUCUUAAUUUGUAAAAUGUUGAAAUUGCAUUCAAUCUGAAGGAGGUUAUUAAUUAAAAUGCACAUAAAUUAAUUAUAAUUUAGUCUCAUGUUUUCGGUUUACGGAGAACUCGAACUUCACAGCCUUGA